CUGCAGGAGACAGCGAGGUGGGAGGGGCGUGUGGGAAGCCUCCGCGCAUGCGCUGUGAGGCCUGUCUGACCGACCUUCAGCAGGGCUGCUACCACGAUGUUCUCUCGGGCGGGCGUCGCGGGGGUCUCGGCCUGGGCCUUGCAGCCGCAAUGGGUCCAAGUUCGAAAUAUGGCAACUUUGAAAGAUAUUACCAGGCGACUAAAGUCCAUCAAAAACAUCCAGAAAAUCACCAAGUCUAUGAAAAUGGUAGCAGCAGCAAAAUAUUCCCGAGCUGAGAGGGAGCUGAAACCAGCUCGAGUGUAUGGAAUAGGAUCUUUGGCUCUGUAUGAAAAAGCUGAUAUUAAGGUGCCUGAAGACAAGAAGAAGCACCUCCUUAUUGGUGUGUCCUCAGAUAGAGGGCUUUGUGGCGCCAUCCAUUCCUCGGUUGCUAAGCAGAUGAAAAGUGAGGUGGCUACGCUCACAGCAGCCGGGAAAGAAGUUAUGAUUGUUGGAGUUGGCGAUAAAAUCAGGGGCAUACUUCACAGGACUCAUUCUGACCAGUUUCUGGUGACAUUCAAAGAAGUGGGAAGAAAGCCCCCUACUUUUGGAGAUGCGUCCGUCAUUGCCCUUGAGUUACUAAAUUCUGGAUAUGAGUUUGAUGAGGGCUCUAUCAUCUUUAAUCGGUUCAGGUCUGUCAUCUCCUAUAAGACAGAAGAAAAACCCAUCUUCUCCCUUAACACCAUUGCAAGUGCUGAGAGUAUGAGUAUCUACGAUGAUAUUGAUACUGAUGUGCUGCAAAAUUACCAAGAAUACAAUCUGGCGAACAUCAUCUACUACUCUUUGAAGGAGUCUACCACCAGUGAGCAGAGUGCUAGGAUGACAGCCAUGGACAACGCCAGCAAGAACGCUUCUGAGAUGAUUGAUAAAUUGACUUUGACAUUCAACCGCACCCGCCAAGCUGUCAUCACAAAAGAGUUGAUUGAAAUUAUCUCUGGUGCUGCAGCUCUGUAAAGAAGAAAAAUUCAGCUGGCUGAUUUGUUUUUAACUUACCGCUGUUUUGUCAGAAGUUUUUGCUCCAUUGUUUGAAUUACUGAAGACAGCAAGAUAUUUGUAAAUUAUCUUACAAUAAACAACUUAAAAUAA